CUGACACAGGAAUGAGACUGGAAAAAAAAAAGACAACACCAUCAUGAUGAGGAGAAUGUCCCAUCCGUUCCUGUAGAAAACUAAAACCUUGUCUCAAAUCAGGAAAAGGAUGAAUUGUUUUGUCCGAGCUGGAACUGAGGCAUCGGGAAGGGCACUGGGGUGUUGCUAAAUGGAGUCGGAGCAGCUGUACCAUAGAGGCUACUGCAGGAACAGCUACAACAGCAUCGCCAGCGCCAGCAGCGACGAGGAGCUGCUGGAUGGAGCCGGCGUCAUCAUGGACUUCCACACCACUGAGGACGACAACCUGCUGGAUGGGGAUGCUGCCUCCCCAGGAUCUAACUACGCCAUGUCUAACGGGGGCGGGGCUGCCAGCAGCUCUACUCACCUGUUGGACUUCCUAGAGGAGCCCAUCCCUGGUGUGGGGACCUAUGACGACUUCCACACCAUCGACUGGGUCCGUGAGAAGUGCAAGGACCGUGAGAGACACAGGAAGAUUAACAGUAAGAAAAAGGAGUCAGCAUGGGAGUUCACAAAGAGCCUGUAUGAUGCCUGGUCUGGUUGGCUGGUGGUGACGCUCACUGGCUUGGCCUCAGGUGCUUUGGCUGGCCUGAUUGACAUCGCUGCUGACUGGAUGAAUGACCUUAAGGAGGGCAUUUGUCUGAGCGCAUUGUGGUUCAACCAUGAGCAGUGCUGCUGGACAUCCAAUGAGACCACCUUCGCUGAGCGGGACAAAUGUCCUCAGUGGAAGAGCUGGGCUGAGCUAAUACUGGGGCAGGCUGAGGGUCCUGGCUCAUACAUCAUGAACUACUUCAUGUAUAUCUACUGGGCUCUUUCCUUUGCCUUCCUGGCUGUUUGUCUGGUAAAGGUUUUUGCACCCUACGCAUGUGGCUCCGGGAUCCCCGAGAUCAAGACCAUCCUGAGUGGGUUUAUCAUCCGUGGCUACCUGGGCAAAUGGACCCUGAUGAUCAAAACUAUCACUCUGGUGCUGGCUGUGGCGUCUGGCCUCAGCCUGGGGAAGGAGGGUCCCCUGGUUCAUGUGGCCUGCUGCUGUGGGAACAUCUUCUCCUAUCUCUUCCCCAAGUACAGCAAGAACGAGGCCAAGAAACGAGAGGUUCUCUCUGCUGCUUCAGCGGCUGGGGUGUCUGUUGCUUUUGGAGCUCCGAUAGGAGGAGUUCUCUUCAGCUUGGAGGAGGUGAGCUACUACUUCCCUCUCAAGACAUUGUGGCGCUCCUUCUUCGCCGCCCUGGUGGCGGCCUUCGUCCUGCGCUCCAUUAACCCCUUUGGUAACAGCCGCCUGGUGCUCUUCUAUGUGGAGUACCACACGCCUUGGUACCUGUUUGAACUCAUCCCUUUCAUCCUUCUGGGAGUUUUCGGGGGCCUCUGGGGCGCCUUCUUCAUCCGAGCCAACAUCGCUUGGUGCCGGCGGCGCAAGUCGACACGCUUUGGCAAGUACCCAGUGUUGGAGGUGAUCCUGGUGGCAACCAUCACAGCGGUGGUUGCUUUCCCAAACCCAUACACGCGUCAGAACACUAGUGAGCUGAUAAAGGAGUUGUUCACUGACUGUGGCCCGCUGGAGUCCUCACAGCUCUGCCAGUACCGCAGCCAAAUGAACGGCAGUAAAGCCUUCACCGACAACCCCAAUCGGCCGGCGGGGCCCGGCGUCUACGCCGCCAUGUGGCAGCUCUGCCUGGCGCUCAUAUUUAAAAUCAUCAUGACCAUAUUCACCUUUGGACUCAAGGUACCAUCAGGCUUGUUCAUCCCCAGCAUGGCCAUCGGGGCAAUCGCAGGGCGAAUCGUUGGCAUUGCUGUGGAGCAGCUGGCCUAUUACCACCACGACUGGUUCCUCUUCAAGGAGUGGUGUGAGGUGGGAGCAGAUUGCAUCACUCCAGGGCUCUACGCCAUGGUGGGGGCUGCGGCUUGUCUGGGUGGUGUGACCCGUAUGACGGUCUCCCUGGUUGUCAUUGUCUUUGAGCUGACAGGCGGGUUAGAGUACAUCGUCCCCCUCAUGGCUGCCGUCAUGACCAGCAAAUGGGUGGGUGACGCGUUUGGCCGCAAGGGAAUCUAUGAGGCCCACAUCCGUCUGAACGGAUACCCCUUCCUGGACGCCAAGGAGGAAUUCACACACACCACGCUGGCCAGGGAUGUGAUGAGGCCGCGACGCAACGACCCGCCUUUGGCGGUGCUAACACAGGAUGACCUGACACUGGAGGAGCUGCAGGGAGUCAUCAGUGAAACCAGCUACAAUGGUUUUCCUGUGAUAGUGUCCAAGGAGUCCCAGAGGCUGGUGGGCUUCGCUCUGCGGAGGGACAUCACUAUCGCUAUAGGUAAUAGUGCAGACCAACACAGUGGCAUCAUGUUGAACUCCAGGGUGUACUUCACCCAGCAUGCACCCACCCUUCCGGCCGACAGCCCUCGGCCCCUCAAGCUGCGCUCCAUCCUUGACAUGAGCCCCUUCACUGUAACCGACCACACCCCCAUGGAGAUAGUGGUGGACAUCUUCAGAAAGCUGGGGCUGCGUCAGUGCCUGGUCACUCACAACGGGAAUGUGUUGGGCAUCAUCACAAAGAAGAAUAUAUUAGAGCAUCUGGAGGAGGUCAAGCAGCACAUGGAGCCCCUGGCGGCUGCUUGGUAUUAUUACAAAAAAAGAUAUCCUUCGUCACAUGGCUCAAAUGGCAAAUCAAGAUCCCGAAUCCAUCAUGUUCAACUGAUCUGCUCCUUCCAGGAUGGGGUGAGGAGGAGAGGGGGAGACGACAGCCAGGAGGAGGAGGAGGAGGAGGAGGUGCGCCUUCUGGACAGCUCCGACCUCUGACAUUUGGACCCUGUUUUUUUCCAUUUGACUUUUCAGCCUUGUAGACCUUGAACCUCACUGACUGCGCCCCCCCCAGAGACUUAUCGGCCAUGAGAGGGAAAAGACAAUGAUAAAAGACUUAAUUACUAUUCUGGCUGCUGAGGACACAAGGAGGUCAUGGGAUGAAGGCAUACACUCAUGAGGAAUGCAGUGUUUACACACAUGCAAAGAUCAGACAAAAACACAUUUUCACCUACAAACACCACUUAGAUGCAUGCCCCCCCCCCAACGCACACACACACACGACUCCAUACCCUGUAAAGAAACACCUCUUUUCAUGGUCUGUGUGCCUCGUCCUUGUCCUGUCUCUGCUGAGGUCGCCUGGCUGGGGUCAAAGGUCAGAAUGAACCGCAAAUGAGGGACCUUAAAUCCUCUAGGCUCCUGUUUAAAACAAACAAAACUCACUUCCCUGACUCCCACAUACACACACACACACACCUGACCUGUCCAUCCUUCAGACAACUGUGUUGUUUAGCUGUGAAAUACGUGUGUGUCCUGAGUGCCACUACAUUCCAGCCGAGUUACCAUGAGAACUGAGAGGAUGCUAGGUCUAAAAGAGCUGGCUUUAGUGUGUGUGUGUGUGUGUGUGUGUGUGUGUGUGUGUGUGUGAGAGAGAGAGAGAGAGAGAGAGAGAAGGGGAGGUGGAGAGAUACUACUCUGUACUGUAUUUCAAAAAUAUAAUUGUUCCUUUUCAGAAGGAAAAAAGUGAAAGCCUAAGACUUUUGUGUGUCUGAGCCAGAGAGAGAGAGAGAGUCCCGUCCGUUUGUCCAGUAAGAAAGCGGGUUGACGUGUAUGUAAAGAAAGAAAGAAGGAUAAAGUGUCCAGGUUCUGUUGUUUACUCUGUUACUGGAAAAGAAAACAAUCUAAUUUUCUUCUCAAACACUGACUUUUUAACUGUUGAUCUUGUUAUAAUGGCUUCAGUUUCCAUAACUUGUAGGACGCCAAAACCGAAAAACUGCACUGUUUUAAAUGAUUGGCUGAAGUUGUUACUGAGGGGAAACAUGAUGAUAAUGCCACACGCUGA